AGCCACCAAAUGCACCAUCAGUCAGAUUUUUCAUAUUUGAAAAAAAAAAAUACAAAAUAAAUAAGUAUAUUCUUUCUUGGUUAUCUCAAUCUUCGCUUAAACUUUAAAAAGAGUUCAUUUCAUUUCUUCUCCGAUCAAGUUUCGUUCUCUCUGCAGAAUUGUCUGUCCUAGCGCUUGAUUUUCAAAUAUGGCUAAUGCUGCUUCGGGUAUGGCUGUGCAUGAUGACUGCAAGUUAAGGUUUUUGGAGUUGAAGGCCAAAAGAACCUACCGCUAUAUUGUGUUUAAGAUUGAGGAGAAACAGAAGCAGGUUAUUGUAGAAAAGGUUGGUGAGCCUUCUCAAAGCUAUGAAGACUUUACUGCAAGCCUUCCUGCGGAUGAGUGCCGUUAUGCUGUGUAUGAUUUUGAUUUUGUUACUGAGGAGAACUGCCAGAAAAGCAGGAUUUUCUUCAUUGCCUGGUCUCCUGAUACAUCAAGGGUAAGAAGCAAGAUGAUAUAUGCAAGCUCCAAGGACAGGUUCAAGAGAGAGCUUGAUGGGAUUCAAGUAGAGCUGCAGGCGACUGAUCCUACUGAGAUGGGUCUUGACGUUUUUAAAAGCCGUGCCAACUGAAUAAAAGUCUCCACCUCUCAAAAUGGAGAUUGUAUCAAUUCUGUCGGCUUUACCCAUUGUUAAUAGUUUAUGGAGGCAGUGUGGACCUGACUGAAUUAUGAUAUACUGGUUUGUUCAUGCAGUUUCACCUAUGCAGCAUUUCUUCAUCUAGAACCAAUUCAGUGAUUUUUGGUGAUGUCUUUAUCAAUUUGUUAUGGUGUGGAAGUUAUAAAAUGAGUGGCUACUUGUAGUUAUUUCUACAAAGCUAAGGUGGACCCUUCUAGGGUUUCCAUUUCUUUUAA